GAGGAGGAGGAGGUUAAAGACUCGAUAUACGCAGACAGGGAUAAAUUGCAGAGGGAGCAUACUGCGCAUAUAUAGUUAAAAAACAAUCACUCUAGCUCAGUCUCUCUCUCUCUCCGAAGCACAGGGGAAAAAAUAAAAAAAACCCACUCUCACUCCCAGUCUGACAUUGAGGAAGCGUAAACUUAUAGUUCACAGGUACACGCGGUCUUCUCUCUAGUGAAUCCAAUCCAAUCCCAUCCAUUAUGGAUCCUCCAUUGAUAAACGAGACCUCCUUCUCUGCGGCCAAACCAUCUUCCUACACAUUAACUGAGAUUUGGCCUUUUCCACCUCCUCCUCCUUCUUCCACUCGUUUGGGCCUCCGGAUGGAUAAUUUGGCCGACCCAGAUGGGUCCCUUGAGGAAUCCACUUUGACAGAUCAGAGUAGUGGAAAUGGAACUAGGAUUAGGAAGACCAGAGAUUUCAGUUCCGAGAAGGAUGACUCGUCCAAAAUGGUUUCUACCACCACUAGCGCCAAUGAUUUGAAUGAUUCAAAUGGUAAGCGGAGGAAAAUAUCGGGGUCAAGGAGUGAAAACAACGAUUCCAGAGCUGAAACUGAAGCAAGUUCUGCUGCUAAUAACAAGACAGCCGAACAAAGCAGUAAACCAUCAGAGCCGCCUAAGCAAGAUUAUAUUCAUGUCAGAGCAAGAAGGGGCCAAGCGACUGAUAGCCACAGUUUAGCGGAGAGAGCUCGGAGAGAAAAGAUUAGUGAGAGGAUGAACAUACUCCAAGAUCUGGUCCCUGGGUGUAAUAAGGUUAUCGGCAAAGCACUUGUCCUUGAUGAGAUAAUUAAUUAUAUCCAGUCACUCCAAUGUCAGGUUGAGUUCCUCUCAAUGAAGCUAGAAGCAGUAAAUUCAAGGAUGAACACUAGCCCCACGACUGAACACCUUCAUCCAAAAGAUCUUGGGGCACAGCCAUUUGUAGCUACUGAGAUGAUAUCUGGCCCACAACCAACAAGAGAAUAUGUUCAAGGAUCCCAAUCCGAAUGGCUACAUAUGCAGGUUGGUGGAAGUUUCGAAAGAGCAACGUAAUCAAGGAGCUAGAUUAUUUAGUUUCUUUAGGGGAAAUUUAUUACUGGCUUCCCCGUGCAUAAAUGUGUUUACUCAUCUCAUUUGUAGAAAAUACAUCUGAUCUUUAAUUGCAUCGUAUCAUCUGACUGAAUUUGCCUUUACGCAUGUGUAUCUAAACGGAAUCUCCUAGAGCGAGUUCAAUUCAGAUAACUGUACCAAAAGGAUUGUGCUUCUAAUUUAUAACUCUUCUACCUUGUUGUCGGAA